CCAGCUUUUUGUUUCCAGAAGCCGGUGUCUGGCCGAGGCAUUGGUGUUUGCACUGUUGUGAUCCGUCUCGUCGUUACUCCUCUGUUUACAAAUAUCACGGGGAACAAUUACGCUUUCGCGUCGAUUUCCUUUUAAAGAGAACACAUCUAUACAUCGAUUUGUUGUUUUUGCCUUUUAUUGUUUUUACUUUCCUGGACCACAGGCGGAUUUUGCCUUCUAUCUGGAUGAGAGGAUCCUUGCCGCAUUUUUUUUUUGUUCCUGCAACGUGGACACGCAGCCCCAACAAACAGCGACGGGAGGCUCCUGAUAUCGGAAUAAAACAUUUACAACCGUGUUCGCCGAGCUUCGCCGUGCUGGAUUUGAUUUAAGGAAUGCUGCUGUCCAAGCUGAAUUCUCUGGCUCACAUCUCCGCCGUGGAUAUGCCGGCGAAAAUGCAGCUGCAAGUUCAGCAAGUGAAGGAGAAAGAAGCUUUCGAGAAGCUUUAUCAGGUCGGCGCAGUGCUGGGGAGCGGCGGCUUCGGCACCGUCUACUCCGGCACGAGGACAUCCGACGGAGCUCCGGUUGCUGUCAAACAUGUAGCCAAGGACAGAGUGACUGAGUGGGCAGAACUGGCUAACGGCUCGCGCGUGCCGCUGGAAAUAGUGCUCCUGAAGAAGGUCGGCACUGGCUUCCGCGGCGUCAUCAAGAUGCUGGACUGGUUCGAGCGGCCCGACAGCUUCAUUAUAGUCAUGGAGAGGCCGGAGACCGUCAAGGAUCUGUUCGACUUCAUCACCGAGAAAGGCGCCCUGCCCGAGGAGCUGGCGCGGAGCUUCUUCCGCCAGGUGCUGGAGGCCGUGCGGCAUUGCCACAGCUGCGGCGUGGUUCACCGGGACAUCAAGGACGAGAACAUCCUCAUUGACCUCCGCACCGGCGAGAUGAAGCUCAUCGACUUCGGCUCCGGGGCUCUGCUCAAAGACACCGUCUACACUGACUUUGACGGCACAAGAGUGUACAGUCCACCAGAGUGGAUCAAGUAUCACCGCUAUCACGGCCGCUCAGCCACCGUUUGGUCCCUGGGCGUCCUGCUGUACGACAUGGUGUGUGGAGACAUCCCGUUUGAACACGAUGAGGAGAUCACCAAGGCACAGGUUCUGUUCCGGAGGAAAGUCUCCACAGAGUGCCAGCAGCUGAUCAAGUGGUGCUUAUGCCUGAGGCCUGCUGACCGGCCGUCCCUUGAGGACAUUAUCAACCACUCGUGGAUGCAGAACACGUCGCCGUCGGUGGUGCCCUCCACAGUGCAGACGGAGAAGUCGCCUGCCGAGAUCAGGCUACAUAGCAUUGCCCACGAGCCUGCCGCCUUCAUGGCCACCGCCGCUGCCCGGUGACGGGGCUCGCCCAGUCCCAACCGAGCCAAGCUGAACUGAACUGAUACAGCUUUGCAUGACAAAGCAAUCGCAGAGGUCUUCGCCGAGCCUCAGUGCAGGCGUCCAGGAGGGCGAGCUGAGCGGCACACGGACAGCCCAAGUUACGCUAUCUUGUUACAGGCUAACUGGUUUUCCUCCAAAAAACCAAGAGCAGAAGCGUUGGCGGCGAGUUCCGAAGAGAAAAAACAAAGUGCCUUAUGUGAGAUUGUUUUAGGCAACGGGAGCCUGAGAAUACUUGAAUUUCUAAACACAAACAGAAAAAA